AAAUGCAACAUGGAAAAUGACUUCAACAUCAGCAAAAAUCUGGUUCUCCUGGGACUCAUGGAGAUAGAGGGCCUUAAAUAUCUGUACUGUGUCCUGUCUAUUGUCCUAUAUUCAUUCAUUCUACUCUUAAGUAUUGUUAUUGUCUUUGUCGUAUUCACAGAUACAAGGUUACAUGAACCCAUGUACAUCCUCAUAUGUAAUCUGGCCCUCAAUGGCAUUUUUGGCAGCUCAUUAUUUUUCCCAAAGCUAAUAGUUGACCUCAUCACCUCGUCCACGUCCAUCACUCAUGGUAACUGUGCUGUUCAAGCUCUGUGUAUGGCUUUAUUUGCUAUCUAUGAAAUGAGCACUUUCAAUCUAAUGGCGCUAGACCGCUAUUUGGCAAUCUGUCACCCUCUGCACUAUGGCCUCGUGAUAACUAAUGAGAGGGUCAUAAACUUAGUCACUGGAUCAUUUUUAGUGGCUUUCAUACUUGUACUCACAGCCGUGCUCCUCACAUGGAAGCUUCCUCUGUGUGGAAACAGAAUAGACAAUAUUUUUUGCGACAACAUGUCCAUAAUUGUCCUCUCCUGUGUGGACUCUUCCAUCAGUCAACUGUACUCCGCUUCUGUGGUCAUCACCUACUUAUGUGUCACCAUAUUUGUCACCAUAUUUUCCAAUCUGCAGAUAUUAAUAGUCUGCUUGAAAUUGUCAAGAGAAUCCCGCCAGAAAGCCGUCCACACCCUGGUCACCCAUCUACUCAACUUUUUUACCUUUCUAGUUGGCUUCUUGUUUAUUUUCAUCAGGUACCGGCUGGGCAGUGUUAAGCUCCCGGUUAUUAUUCAUGUUCUUCUUUCUGCAACUGCUCUCAUUGUUCCACCAUUGUUCAACCCCUUGAUCUAUGGAGUACGGACACAUGCCCUGAAGACAAGGAUUGUUCAGUACGUACAGUGGCUGAAAUGGACUAAAACACAUAUGCAAUCUAGACCAAUAUCUGUCAUAAGUUAUAAUCAGAGCCAAUGA